AUGGGUCCAGGGCCUUCCUGUCGGGUGUUCAAGCGUCUAGUGCUGCAUUACUCUUUUCGCACAAUCACAUCCCUCGGCCUGGCCUUCUACACCUCCUGGAACUUGUCGCUCGUUACGUUGGCAGGCAUUCCCAUCUACUCCGGUAUUGUUUCUUUUCUGUCCACCAAGAUGAAACCGAGCGUUGAAGCACAACAAGACGAACUGUCAAAGGCAUCCAAAGUCGUCAAUAGCACUACGUCCGCGAUCGAUGCGGUAAAGUGUCUCAACGGACAGGCGAUUGAGGCCCAAAACUUUGCUAGUAAAACCGAGAGGGCGGCAUCCCAGUAUCUUCGCCAUGCCCGUCUCAACGCGUUCCAAAUCUCAGUCGUGCGACUGAUGAUGUUUGGGAUGUUUGUCCAAGGGUUCUGGUAUGGUAGUGCGUUGGCGAGGUCCCGCCAAUUGUCCUCGGGCGAGGUUCUGAGAACCUUCUGGGCAUGUCUGUCCGCCGCUCAGUCGAUUGAACUGGUGUUGCCGCAGGUCAUUUUGUUGGAAAAGGGGAAGCUUGCAGCUUCUUCGUUGUCGAAUAUCUUAACCUUGGACCCGGAGAAUAAAGCCACGGGUGAGAUGAAGGGUGUGGCAUACCCGCGUUAUUGCGAAGGGGAUAUUGAAGUGAGCAACCUAUCCUUCGCUUAUGCAUCUCAACCGGACAAACUGCGUCUCGACAACGUGAACUUCUUCUUCCCAGCCGGAGAGACAACCUUUGUUAUUGGAAGAAGCGGAUCUGGGAAGAGCACCCUCGGACAGCUUCUCGCACGCUUCUACCUGCCCACAUCAGGCCAGAUCCUGAUAGACGGCAAUCCCAUCCAGACGCUCAAUAUAAACUGGAUCAGAAACAACAUCACCGUGGUUGAACAGCGCAGCGUCCUAUUCAAUGAAUCCAUUCUCGUGAACAUCGCCUUUGGCCGGUGGGACUACAAGCAAAUCCGGAAUGAAGAUGUCAAUGACUGCGUCGAACUGGCCAUGCUACAUAGUAUCAUUGACAACAUGCCGAAUGGAAUCAACACCUGUGUUGGUCACGGUGGUAACUUUCUGAGUGGCGGACAAAAGCAGAGGGUCGCGAUCGCGCGGGCAAGAUUGAGGGACACCCCGAUUCUGAUCUUGGAUGAACCCACGAGUGCGCUGGAUAGUGCGAAUCGUGUCAAGGUUAUGAAGGCUAUCCGCGAGUGGCGCAAAGGGAAGACCACGAUCAUCAUCACCCAUGACAUGUCGCAGAUUCUGGAGCACGACUUUGUUUACAUCAUGGAACAAGGCUCUGUUUUCCAUGCUGGGUAUUGGCACGAGGUGAAGACAAGACCAGGAACAGAGAAGUACUUUUCUCAUGAAAAACAUACUACAUCAAAAAGUGCCAGCGGUGGUGGUCACUCGAAGCUGGAUGUCGCUGAAAAGGAUGGUUGGAUAUCUUCUGACGCCUCUUCCACAAGCUCGACUGAGAGCCUUGAUGAUGGUGCUGUUGGGAAAAAGACCUUGUCAAACGCGCCGAGCACUCAGGCAGACAAUUAUAGAGCGAACCACGUCCGCGUAGGCCCUUCCAGGCUGGCCCCGGAGUCUGGACGCUCAAGGCAAAACAAGAAGCACGACGAAGGCCCGGGGAUCUUCCCACCUGGCAUACAAUUAGAUGACCUACCCAAUCACCCAAAAGAACGCCACUCAACCUCCCUAGGCCAGAUCAUGCUAACAAUCUUACCGAGCCUGAAUCUCAAACAACGCAUCUGCCUUCUAUUCGGCUGCAUAUGCACGUUAGCCCACGCAUGCGCGACUCCAGUAUUUUCCUACUGUCUAUCGCAGCUGCUCCAAACCUUCUACGACACGCAUUCCAACGCCAUGAAAUGGGCCUUGGUAGUCCUCGCAGUCUCGAUAGGAGACGGAAUCGUCUCCUACUUCAUGCACUACUACCUCGAGCUAGUCGGCCAGGCAUGGGUGGAUUUCCUCCGAAAGCAGGCCUUCCGUCGUGUCCUCGACCAGCCCAAGAAGUGGUUCGAGGAAGAAGAGAAUGCCCCGUCCCAGAUAACCGCCUGUCUAGGCCAGGACGCGGAGGAAAUGCGAAAUAUUGUCGGUCGAUUUGGAGGGUUUGUCCUGCUGGCAGUCGCAAUCAGCGUCCUGGCUCUUAUAUGGAGUCUGGCUGUUUGCUGGAAACUCACGCUCAUUGCCUUGGCCUGUGGUCCUGUCAUCUACGCGAUAACGAGAGGCUUUGAGGGGACGACUGGGCUGUGGGAGAGACGGUGCAAUGAGGCUGGGGCCGUUGCGGGUGAGAUAUUCAUUGAGACUUUCGCGGAAAUCCGUACGAUCAGGACCUUGACACUGGAACCGUUCUUUCAUAAGAAGUAUUUGAAGGCUGCGGCUGCGUGUACAGCUGCGGGAUUGAGAAAGGCAUUCUAUACAGGGUUCCUUUUCGGACUCGUCGAGUCUAUGGUCAUGUUCAUCAGUGUGUCUUCAGAGGAGUACAAGGUGCAGGACAUAACAACGGUGUUUUCAAUGCUCCUGUUCAGCAUCGGAUACGCCAGCAUAGUUCUUUCCUGGACACAUCGCGAGAUAUGGGAUCCCGACUCCUACGACUGGCCAAUCUCCCGGAGAGAUCUUCCCAUGGACACAUCGGCACUGUGGGCAUCUCAAAAGUCGCUCCGGUGA